GCCCAGCCCGCGCUCGAUCAAGACAAAAGAAUUUGCACUGUCAUUACACGCGCCGGCCUCACUGCCCCGCGCCCCUUGCGACCCGCCCGACGACAACGGCGACAUACGCUGUGUUGUUCCCCUUCCUCCUAUCCCUAAUUCGCCCCCCCUCGUUGAGCUGCCGCUCCGUGAACCUUGCCUGAACAUACGAGCCCCUCCAUGUCACCCUCCUGUCGGCGCUGCUGGAUAAUUGCUGCCGCGGCAGCUUGCGCCCUGACCGGCGCGCAAGCCGCGAUCGUCGAGCCUAUGGAGCAGUCCUUCUACUUUGACUACUUUCGCUCGACGGACUUGGAGCCUGCGCCUGUACCAGUGACGAAACAAUGCGAGACGAUCAAUAUUAAAUGGAGACGAGAGCCGGCUACGGGUCCGAGCGCAACAGCGCCAUACUUCCUCCAGAUCUACUCAUCUUACUAUAUCUUCCCCUUCAUCGUCGACGCUGGCAGCGGGUCCAGCUUCGACUUCGAGAUACCCUUCCCGCCUUCAACUUUAUACCAAAUAUGCAUGUUCGACUCGAAAGGCUACUCCGGCGGUUGCCAAGCCGUAUACAGCGUCAUCCCCUCAGACGACGAGAAGCUAUCAUGCUCGAAUUCGACACUCAGCUUCCCCGACGGCCCACUAGACGUCGACGCACAGACUUACGACGGUCCGCUGUCACAGUACGGCUGGCCAGCGCAAUGCACAGACAUACAGGUGACGCCAAAGAACGGCACGGGGCCGUACACUCUUACGGUGGCGCCUGCAUCGCAUCCACCAUUCAAUAUGACCGUGGACGACAUGAGCGCGAUCAACUGGACUGUGUCGAUGUCCUGGGCAAGUCCAUUCUUCAUCUCCCUUGCCGACUCAGACCACAAUAGCUGGUCCUACGGCCCCCUCCACGCCGGCGAAGGCACUACCUCUUCCUGCCUCGACGUCUCCUCCAGCAACAAGCUCCCCGCCAUCGCCUCCGGCGCCGGUAUUGGAGGUCUCGUCCUCGGACUCCUCGUCGGCGGUCUCGCCUCCUGGCUCUUCCUCCGCCGUAAGCAGCGCGACCCCCGCGCCCGGCACCCCUCCUACGCCGACUCCGACCCCUUCGCAUCCCCGAUGCUCGGCGCGCACGAGCGCGGGAGCUACGGCUCUUCGCAGCACCUCCUUCCCCCGCUCAACACACCCGGCAGUCGAUAUCAGGUCGAACCCUUCUUGCUGCCGCAGGAGGACAGGGAUGGUGCGACGGGCCCGCGGUCGCCUGGGGGAGGGGCGCAGUCGAACGUGUAUGUGGUGCACCAUGAUGGGGGAAGGGCGCCGGUGACAGUGUACCAUGGGGAUGAUACGCAGGUGGUGGAGUUGCCGCCGAUGUAUCCGGCGGGGCAGGAGGGGGAGGCAGCGUCGCAUCACGGCACGUCGGGGUCGGCGAGAGGGGCAUCAGAGGCCUCUGAGAUGGGGUUGAGAAUACCUUCGGACCACUCGCGACCACCGACGCAGUAUUCGACGCACGAAACCUAUGCGGAGCCGCCACAUGUGGUCGAGACGAGUGCGCUUGUGAGCCCACCACGAAGACCGGGCGAAUUCCACAAACCCAGGCGCUGAGGGGUGAGAGUGAUACGAUAUGGACUAGGCUCGCUGCGAGCUCGUUACACGUUCCUUGGGGCUGUAAAUCUACUGACGGGGCUUUGGAAAAUACUAUAAAUUAUGCGCAUAAGUUACGUGCACAUACUUAUUUACUGACGUCUUGUGGACAGUGAUACAUACUACACGCACACAGCUAUCCUUUUUGUCGAUCCUUGAGCGCGUCGGUGCUCG